AUGGGAGCAGUUUACGGCGUCGUCCUCAUGGCGACGACGAUUCCUGAAAUCGUAUCGACUAUCGUUGCGACGAAAGACGCGAACCAGCCAGCGAACACCAAGCGACUUGAAGCAAGUUACCAAGGAUUUGCGGAAGAAGACACAGGACACGAUGCUCGACCACGGCAUUUCAGAGGUGUACAACCGGACCUAACGGCGCUGAACUUCGACCAUCUCCCUACUCACAUGAUUGAUAAAACGGGGAAAAGGACGGUAUGGAUUCGCAAUAGCCUCAAGGAGAAAAGUCGAGUGACUGCAAUGGUGCUCACCGGCUCACAAGGGCACACGCGGGCUCCUAUUCUCGUCUUUAAACAGCCUGGAGCUCACAUUGAGGCUAAGGAGCUGUUCAACUGCGCCGACCAGAACGGCUUUGGGCGUGACCUCUGA